AUGGAGUUUGUCGCAAUUUCGCUUUGGUCCUGCUUCUUAUUGGUUACCUCUUCAAGGCAAGUCGAGGUGAAUGUCAUUCUUCCAGCCGUUUCAAAUCAUGUAGAGGAAAUGACGGAGACGAGUGUGACAGACAGUGACAUGAACCACAUGAAAGAUAGCAGUAAAGAAGAGACAUCAACUAAAACAGCCAAAAAAAAGAUAUCCGAUAUCGAAAAACCUAACAAAAACGUCAACAGGAACAUGAACAUUUUGACAACGAACCACAAAAAAGCUUCAAAAACCACUAGCAACAUUACCAAUGAUCAAGACCCUUUGGCGGCCACAACGGCGGCUGCAGUAACUUCAAUCUACAGCCAAAACGACCACCGCGGCAGAAACAUUCUUGCACCUACUAAUGAGACAAUUGCAACAAAACCCACAAUCGGCAACUUUCUUGCAACCAACUACAUAAUAGCAAAAAAAUUGAUCGGCCGCAACUACAACAGCCACAUCAAGCCCAAUCGCUCUAUCCACAACAGCCACAUCAAGCACAAUCGCUCUAUCCACAACAGCCACACCAACGGCCUACAGACGACCACUCCAUCCACAACAUCCACCACUGAUUUCUACUUCCACUUCAGCGAAAACUACCUAAUCAACAGAAAUUUCGUCCAAAACAAGCCAGCUGCAAGUCCCAAUCCCAUUCAGGAAACGGAGAGCUACCUCUUCCUGUACCUCAUAGUCGGCUUCCUACUUAUUGCACUCGUCAUCGGUGUAAUCUUCUGCUGCUUUGGCAUGAAAGAGUCGGACAAAGCCUUAGCCAGGGGUCAUAGGACCAGAGGUCAAGAAAAUAAUCACUGA